AUUGUGCUGUUGUGUCGAUAUUGGUUGUGUCCGUUUCAAAUGUAUCAUUGUAGACCGACUCAGAUUAAGUCUGAGGCUGUUAACGUCAACAGUGAGGACAAACCCAGCCUGUCUCUCUCCUUCCACAAGGAGUCCAAACCUACAGUCACUGGGUACUGAUAGUGACAGUGGAGUCCAGUUUGCACUACAGGAUCCAGAGAUGGCAUCAGUGAAGCUGGAAGACUGCGGUCAAACACUGGAGCUGAACGUCAACCUUAAAGAUGAAGAAGAAGAGGAGAAGAUUAGGACAACUGUUAGUCAUGGGUACCAUGUUGAGACAUUCUCCAAAUCCAGAGAGCAACAGCAGGAAGAUCAGAGAGCUAAGAUGUCUCAUCACUGCCCACAUUGUGAAGAGAUUUUCCCAUUUCUAUCAAAGCUAAAAAUACACCUAAAAAUACACACAGGAGAGAAGCCUUACUCCUGCUCUGACUGUGGAAAAUGCUUCAAAACAUCAACGGUGCUAAAACGUCAUCAGAGAACACACACAGGAGAGAAGCCUUUCUUCUGCCCUGACUGUGGAACUCGUUUCUCUCAGCUUUCCCACUUAAAAUCACAUGAACGUAUCCAUACAGGGGAGAAGCCAUACUCCUGCUCUGACUGUGGAAAAUGUUUCAAAACAUCAACGGUGCUGAAACGUCAGCAGAGAACACACACAGGAGAGAAGCCUUUCUUCUGCCCUGACUGUGGAACUCGUUUCUCUCAGCUUUCCCAAUUAAAAUCACACGAACGUGUACAUACAGGAGAGAAGCCUUUCUUUUGCUCUGACUGUGGGGCGAGUUUCUCUCAGCGUUGCACCUUAAAAACACACCAACGUAUACACACAGGAGUGAAGCCUUAUUCCUGCUCUGACUGUGGAAAAUGUUUUAAAACAUCAAAUGAGCUAAAAGUUCAUCAGAAAACACACACAGGAGAGAAGCCUUACUCCUGCCCUGACUGUGGAACUAGUUUCUCUCAGCUUUCCCACUUAAAAUCACACGAACAUGUACAUACAGGAGAGAAGCCUUUCUUCUGCCCUGACUGUGGAACUAGUUUCUCUCAUCUUUCCCAGGGAGAAGCUUAA